UGCAGAAGUUGGAGCCGGUAGGCAGUUGAAAUGUUCCCUAGAGAGAGAAAGGAUCAGGGGCCGAGGCUGCUUGUUUUGCGCCGAGCAAGCGUGGCUGAGUGUUAGAUGGAUAAACAUUUAAGGAACAAUCUGAAAUUCAAUUUAAAGAGAAGAUAAAGUGAUAAUAGGUAAAAGCAUGUCCAGCAAGGAAGUAAAGGCUGCUCUAAAAAGUGCUAGAGAUGCAAUCAGAAACAAAGAAUACAAAGAAGCUUUGAAACAUUGUAAGACAGUGUUAAAACAAGAGAAAAAUAACUAUAAUGCCUGGGUUUUUAUUGGUGUUGCUGCAGCCGAGCUAGAACAACCUGAUCAGGCCCAGGGUGCCUAUAAGAAAGCUGCUGAGUUAGAGCCAGACCAAUUACUAGCUUGGCAGGGAUUAGCAAGCUUGUAUGAGAAAUGUAAUCACAUAAAUGCUAAGGAUGACUUACCUGGUGUUUACCAAAAGCUCCUGGAUCUUUAUGAAAGUGUUGACAAACAGAAGUGGUGUGAUGUCUGUAAGAAACUUGUGGAUCUGUAUUACCAAGAAAAGAAACACGUAGAGGUGGCCCGAACAUGGCACAAAUUGAUAAAGACACGGCAGGAAGGAGGUGCAGACAACCAAGAACUUCAUCAGCUAUGGAAGAAAUUGACUCAGUUGCUGGCUGAGAGUACUGAGGAUCAGAAUAAUGAGACCCAACAAUUGCUCUUAACUGCUUUUGAGAAUGCACUGGACUUAUCAGAUAAGAUUCCUAGUGAAGAUCACCAGGUGCUUUAUAGACAUUUCAUUCAAUGUUUAUCCAAAUGUCCUCAUGAGACUGCCAGGUUGAAGAAGGCUUGUGAAGGAAUGAUAAACAUCUAUCCUACUGUACAAUAUCCAUUAGAAGUGCUUUGUUUGCAUUUAAUUGAAACAGGAAGCCUUACUGAUGAGGGAGAACAGUAUUGUUGUAGAUUAGUGGAAAUGGAUUCAAAAAGUGGUCCAGGUCUCAUUGGUUUAGGCAUUAAAGCAUUACAAGACAAAAAGUACGAAGAUGCUGUUAGGAACUUAACAGAAGGGUUAAAGGAAAGCCCUCUCUGCACAGCUGGAUGGUAUCGUCUGGCAGAAGCCCAAGUCAGAAUGCAUAAGCCUAAGGAAGCUAUUCUUUCAUGCAAUCAAGCUCUGAAGAACAUAGAUAAUCUUGGUGUCUCUGGUGGCAAUCUUCAUCAGAAGAAUCUUUGUCUUCAUUUGAAAGCAGAGGCUUUGAUUAAACUCUCAGAUUAUGAAUCUUCAGAGGAAGCAAUUCGUACUCUUGAUCAGGUUUCUGAUGCAAAUAAUAUCCCAGGACUUUUGGUUCUCAAAGGCUUGGCCUAUCUGAACAAAGGCUCAUUAGAUGAAGCUUCAAAGAUUAUGGAAGACCUUCUCUCUUCUUACCCUGACCUAGCUGAAGCUCAUGCCCUGGAGGCUUUGAUUCAUUUUACCAAAAAGGACUAUCUACAAGCAGAAAAAUGUUUUCAGCUAGCUCUUGAGAAAGAUGCUGAAGUUGCUGAAUAUCAUUACCAACUUGGGUUAACGUAUUGGUCUAUGGGCGAAGAAACAAGAAAAGAUAAAACAAAGGCUCUUACCCAUUUUCUAAAGGCUGCCAAACUGGAUACAUACAUGGGCAAAGUUUUCUGCUAUUUAGGUCAUUAUUACAGGGAUGUAGUAGGAGAUAGAAACAGAGCCCGUGGAUGUUACAGGAAAGCUUUUGAAUUAGAUGACACUGAUGCUGAAUCUGGAGCUGCAGCAGUUGACUUAAGUGUAGAGCUUGAAGAGAUGGAAACUGCCUUAGCUAUCCUAACAACAGUCACUCAAAAGGCAAGUGCUGGAGCGGCAAAAUGGGCCUGGCUUAGGCGAGGACUAUACUAUUUAAAAGCUGGUCAACAUUCUCAAGCAGUGGCUGAUUUACAGGCAGCAUUGAGGGCAGACCCAAAGGACUUCAAUUGUUGGGAGUCAUUAGGAGAGGCAUAUUUAAGCAGAGGUGGCUAUACAACAGCCUUGAAAUCCUUCACAAAAGCCAGUGAGCUGAACCCCGAAUCCACAUACAGUGUGUUUAAGGUUGCAGCAAUACAGCAAAUCCUAGGCAAAUAUAAAGAGGCGGUAGCUCAAUACCAGCUGAUCAUUAAAAAGAAAGAAGAUUAUGUGCCUGCUUUGAAAGGUUUGGGUGAAUGCCAUCUCAUGAUGGCAAAAGCAGCUCUAGUCGAUUAUCUUGAUGGGAAAGCUGUAGACUACAUAGAGAAAGCACUGGAAUAUUUUACUCGGGCUCUGCAGCAUCGAGCUGAUGUGUCUUGCCUUUGGAAGCUAGUUGGGGAUGCUUGUACCAGUCUGUAUGCUGUCUCACCAUCUACAGUGAAUGUUAGUGUCUUAGGAGUCCUCCUAGGUCAGAAAGAAGGAAAACAAGUAUUAAAGAAAAAGGAGCUCCUCCAUCUUGGAGGAAGGUGUUAUGGUCGUGCAUUAAAACUGAUGUCUACAUCUAACACGUGGUGUGAUCUUGGAAUUAAUUAUUAUCGCCAAGCACAACAUCUAGCAGAAACAGGCAGCAACUCAAAUGAUCUUCAGGAGCUGUUGGAGAAAUCUUUGCAUUGUCUGAAAAAGGCUGUGAGACUUGACAGUAAUAAUCACUUAUACUGGAAUGCUCUUGGUGUAGUUUCAUGUUACACUGGUAUUAGAAAUUAUGCCCUUGCUCAGCACUGUUUCAUCAAAUCAAUCCAGUCAGAACAAAUUAAUGCUGUUGCAUGGACCAACUUGGGAGUGUUAUACCUUGCAAAUGAAAAGAUCGAGCAAGCUCAUGAAGCUUUCAAAAUGGCUCAAUCCCUUGAUCCAUCUUAUUUAAUCUGCUGGAUUGGACAAGCUCUAAUUGCAGAGACAGUUGCAAGUUAUGACACCAUGGAUCUCUUCAGGCACACUACAGAACUCAGUAUGCACACGGAGGGAGCAAUAGGUUACGCGUAUUGGGUCUGUACAACAUUGCAAGAUAAAAGCAACAGAGACACGGAGCUGUACCAGUACAACAUCCUCCAGAUGAAUGCAAUUCCAGCAGCACAAGUGGUUUUGAGUAAAUACACAGAAAGAAUUCAGAAUUAUGCUCCAGCUUUCACAAUGUUGGGUUACUUAAAUGAACAUCUACAACUGAAGAAGGAAGCAGCAGAUGCAUACCAAAGGGCAAUUUUGUUGUUACAGACUGCAGAAGACAGAGAUGCUUAUAAUGUUACAAUAAGAAAUUAUGGCAGAUUGUUAUGUUCUAUUGGUGAAUAUGAUAAAGCUAUCCAGGCUUUUAAGUCAACACCCCUUGAGGAGUUAGAAGACAUCAUAGGUUUUGGAUUGGCUUUAUUUAUGAAGGGUCUGUAUAAAGAGAGCAGCAAAGCCUAUGAGAGAGCCUUGUCUACUGUUGAAUCAGAGCAAGACAAAGCUCAUAUCUUGACAGCUCUGGCAAUAGCGGAGUAUAAACAAGGAAAAAUGGACGUAGCCAAGACAUUGUUAUUUAAAUGCUCUAUCUUAAAAGAACCAACCACGGAAAGCCUUCAAGCCCUUUGUGCUCUAGGAUUGGCAAUGCAGGAUGCAACACUGUCAAAAGCUGCACUUAAUGAGUUACUGAAGCACUGCAAACAGAAAGACAAUGAUUAUAAGAGAUGGCUUCUUACUUCAGCGAUCUAUGCACUGCAAGGUCGCACUGUGGCAGUGCAGAGACAAGCAUCUAAAGCUGUUCACAGUAACCCAGCUGAUGCUGCUCUUUGGUCUUUGUUGUCCCGAGUAGUUGCUCAGUAUACUCAACGAAAUGCAAAGGGAGGUGCGGUAGCAGGAAAUGUGGCUCAUAUUCUGGACUCAAAUCAUGGAAAGAAGGCAUUACUAUACACUGCAGUAAAUCAGUUGGCUGUGGGAAGCAGUUCAGCAGAUGGUGAGAAAAAUACUGCACUAAAGGCCAUUCAGAAGGCAGCUCUCCUUUCUCCAGGUGAUCCUGCUGUCUGGGCUGGGCUAAUGGCAGCUUGUCAUGCUGAUGAUAAACUGGCCCUAGUGAAGAACACUCAGCCAAAGAGGAUGGAUUUACACUUGGCACUGUUAUCUGCUGUUUCUGCUUCAAACAAAGAAUUCUUUGAAAAUUACAACCAAUCUCUUGAAAAGUGGUCUCUCUCCCAAGCUGUCACUGGUCUAAUAGAUACAAGAAGAAUAGCUGAAGCUGAAGCCCUCUGCACAAAGAAUUUAAAAAGUAACCCUGAUCAGCCAGCUGUUAUCUUACUUUUGAGACAAGUUCAAUGUAAACCACUCCUAGAGUCACAAAAACCUCUCCCAGAUGCUGUACUUGAAGAGCUGCAAAAAACAGUCAUGUCCAACUCAACCUCUGUUCCAGCUUGGCAGUGGCUGGCACACAUAUAUCAGUCCCAAGGAAUGAUGGGUGCUGCAGAGAUGUGUUAUAGGAAGAGUCUACAAGUAGCAUCCCAACAGGGCAGCUGGAGUGGGAAACUCUCAAGCCUGUUGAGACUAGCACUGCUUGCAUUAGAAGUCUGCAUGGCUAAUAUUUCCAGUGAUCACUGGCCAUCCUUGGUUCAAGAAGCUACAACUGAGGCUUUGAAACUUUGCUUUUGUCCGCUGGCUGUCCUUUUACAAGCUUUGUUACAAUUCAAACGCAAAAUGGGAGCAAGAGAGACACGGCGACUUUUAGAGAGAGUGGUGUAUCAGCCUGGGUAUCCCAAAUCUAUUGUUUCAACAGCACGUUGGUACCUUCUGAGACACUUACAUGCCAAAAAUGACUACGAGCUCAUUAAUGUGCUGGUAAACAAUGCCAAAACUCAUGGAGAUACAAGAGCACUGGAACUGAAUGAGAAAUUGUCCUCACAAUAACAAUGCUUUAUUUUAUAGUAAGCAAGCAAAGAAAAAGCUAUUAGGGAGAAUGAAACAAAGAAUCAAGACUUUUCCCCAAAGCAACAUUUAAAAAAACUAUAGUUAUAAUCAUCCAUUCCUUUUUUAAAUCUAAAGACGUUUAAGUUCUUAAGCUAGGGGUAUAAUUUUCCAUAAACUCUUAAUAUAAAUUUAAUUUGAAAAAUAUCUUUGAUUUUGAGAAGUCUAUAAUGAAAGGAAAAAACCAUGGUUCCCUUCGUUGUUCAUUAGUUAUUAGUAAAUCAUUAUUUUCUCUAUCUUGCAUGGUUCAUCAUUGGACUGUUUUUUGGUAAUCCCUUACAAUAAAGCCUUAAUAGCCAUUUGCUAAAUAAUAUGCAAAAGGAGAUUAGCACAAUGCAGAAUUUUAUUUGUUAAACAACAAAUUCAAAGAUUUAAUUCCUUCUGUGAAUUCUAGAGUUCAGCAGACCAACUCAUCUAAAAUCCAGAUAAUCUUAUAACCUGUUUUACUAGUGGUUCAUCUUGGAUUCUGUUGAAGAAGCGUAAUAUAAAUGUUAGGUGAAUCUUAGACUGCUAAUGGAUAUGUUUAUACAAUAAACAGAUUUUUUCCUGUAAUUGAUAUCUAGUCUCAUAGCAUUGUGGUCAGAAAAGAUACUGGAUAUGAUUUCAAUUUUCUUAAAUUUACCAAGGCUUUGUUUGUGACCCAAGAUAUGAUCUAUCCUGGAGAAUGUUCCAUGAGCACUUGAGAAGAAAGUGUGUUCUGUUGUUUUUGGAUGUAAUGUCCUAUAAAUAUCAGUUAAGUCCAUCUUGUUUAAUGUGUCAUUUAAAGCUUGUGUUUCCUUAUUUAUUUUCAUUUUGGAUGAUCUGUCCACUCCCUAACACCAUACACAAAAAUAAACUCAAAAUGGAUUAAAGACCUAAAUGUAAGGCCUGACACUAUAAAACUCUUAGAGGAAAACAUAGGCAGAACACUCUAUGACAUAAAUCACAGCAAGAUCCUUUUUGACCCUCCUCCUAGAAUAAUGGAAAUAAAAAUAAAUGGGACCUAAUGAAAUGUAAAAGCUUUUGCACAGCAAAGGAGACCAUAAACAAGACGAAAAGACAACCCUCAGAAUGGGAGAAAAUAUUUGCAAAUGAAGCAAUGGACAAAGGAUUAAUCUCCAAAAUAUACAAGCAGCUCAUGCAGCUCAAUAUCAAAAAAACAAACAACCCAAUCCAAAAAUGGGCAGAAGACCUAAAUAGACAUUUCUCCAAAGAAGAUAUACAGAUUGCCAACAAACACAUGAAAGAAUACUCAACAUCGUUAACCAUUAGAGAAAUGCAAUUCAAAACCGCAAUGAGGUAUCAUCUCACACCGGUCAGAAUGGCCAUCAUCAAAAAAUCUACAAACAAUAAAUGCUGGAGAGGGUGUGGAGAAGAGGGAACCCUCUUGCACUGUUGGUGGGAAUGUAAAUUCAUACAGCCACUAUGGAGAACAGUAUGGAGGUUCCUUAAAAAACUAAAAAUAGAACUACCAUACGACCCAGGAAUCCCAUUAUUGGGCAUAUACCCUGAGAAGACCAUAAUUCAAAAAGAGUCAUGUACCACAGUGUUCAUUGCAGCUCUAUUUACAAUAGCCAGGACGUGGAAGCAACAUAAAUGUCCAUCGACAGAUGAAUGGAUAAAGAAGAUGUGGCACAUAUAUACAAUGGAAUAUUACUCAGCCAUAAAAAGAAACGAAAUUGAGUUAUUUGCAGUGAGGUGGAUGGACCUAGAGUCUGUCAUACAGAGUGAAGUAAGUCAGAAAGAGAAAAACAAAUCCCGUAUGCUAACACAUAUAUAUGGAAUUAAAAAAAAAAGAAAAUAAUAGGUCAUGAAGAACCUAGGGGCAAGACAGGAAUAAAGACACAGACCUACUAGGGAAGGGGAAGGGUAAGCUGGGACGAAGUGAGAGAGUGGCAUGGACUUAUAUAUAGUAUCAAAUGUAAAAUAGAUAGCUAGUGGGAAGCAACCACAUAGCACAGGGAGAUCAGCUCGGUGCUCUGUGACCACCUAG